AUGGUCACAGUUAUUCUGAAUCCGGAAGUGGAAGUGGCCGGUGACAAGAAGCCGUACACGGCAGACGGACUCUUGACAAGCGUUGGAAUGUGAGUUCUGAGACUCGAGUGCGACCCGAGCUCGACUUCUAGCUGGCAUCCGUACCCCGUGUUCAUCGUCAGCUCGAUGGCCUUCCUCUGGGUCCUGUCCGCCAUGGCCACCAUGUCGCCGUCGUAUCUUGCGCCAGCUACUUCCAAUUCUAAUUCUUCUUUCAUCACGGUUCAAAAGGAGGUUCCAGUUUUUACUUCUUCAAAAAAAUUAACAAGUUAGUUACAGUUCGAAAUCGAACGUAUGAUUAUCGACCCGGGAGAAAUGACAUCAUCGGUCUACUUUAUAGGAAAUUUAGUAUUUGGCCAGGUCUACUCGACUAUAGCCGACAGGUAUACAAAAAGAUAUCAGAUCUCAAAAUAAAAUGGCGGAACGAAAAAUUUUUGAACAUUUCGAAGUGCCGAAUGAAAAAAAAUUAAAUGAUAUUAACUAUCUAAGAAAACCGAAAUUUUGUGGAAUUUUUUCUCGUUUUCAAUCAAAAAAUAAUAAAAAAGACCAACUCAUAGGAAACAUGUUUUAAAAAAAGUUUCAAAUUUCGUACUUCGAAAAAAACGUGUCUAUUUUUAAGCUUUUAAAGAAUUUUUUUUAGUCAGCCAGAGGCAUGGACUCCUGCACGUGUAACUUGUGCUCUUUCUCUCUCUCAAGCUAUUGAUCAAAUGACUAUAUCUUGUUUGAAAGUUACAGAGUUGGAAGAAAGCCUGUUAUUGUUUUCUGUCUGAUUUUCGCCGGAAUCAGUGGGUCCCUUGCAUCUGUUGCGCCAACUUUUGAACUUCUUUUGUUGGGUCGUUUCUUCCAAGGCUCUUUUUUCACGGUAUGUUUCCUUGAGCUUCUUUACGUAGUAGAAAUGGUUGCAGCCACUUACGAUGACCAAUUGGGUUUUGUGCUGUGAAUCGGUGGCUUUUGCCGGCCACGGCUAUGCUUCAGUUCUUUUCGGCGUCGCCUGGGUUCUCGGCUACUGCAUAAUAACGCCUUUCGCGAUUUUCUUCCCUUCUUGGAGAUACUUGCAGCUGGCGACGUCGUUGCCGACCUUUAUUUUCGGCAUAGUCAUGUUCUUGUCAGCUGUCGAUUGAAAGCGUUUAUAUACUUUCCCAUUCAGCACACUACCGGAAAGCAUUUCGCUUUUAAUACAAAAGAAAAAGAGCUCCGAAGUUUUGUCUUGGGUUCACACUGUCAGUAUUUAUUUUAAAAAAAACGUUCAUCAUAAACGUUUUUAGGCCUCCCGGCUGGGAAAAGAGAAAGUUGAGUUCGAUAUUUCACGGAUGCUGGACGAUGUGCAGAACGAGGACGAAGGGAAGACGUUGCUCGAAACUUUGCGCCACGUCUUCGCCACGCCUCCACUCGUCCUCUAUACAACUAUCGAGACGAUUUUCUGGUUUCUACGACGUUUUUUUAUGCGAUUCUAUAACCUCAAUAUUCUCUAAUUGUCGAAAUUCUCUUCAAAGUUGGAAAAUUCGUAAAACUUUAAAUUAUGAGAGAAAAACUUUUCAAAAAAAAAAAAAAUGACUCACACAGAACUUUCUGCAUUGCGUCUGUUUGGUAUCUGAAAAUAAACCUGGGACUCGUCUAUAUUUAUAUUGUUACUCAGGAUAAUCGACUUCAUGAUCUACAACGGUCUUUCUCUUUCGGCCACAGGCGUCAGUGGCAGCAACGCCCAUCUGUCGUACUUGUUCUCAGGACUCGUCGAGCUUCCUUCGUACUUCCUACUGCCAGCGGCACUUGACUGGUUCGGUCUCGAGGUCGCAACUGAGUUUUGGGAGUUUCCAGGAUUGGUCGUAAGCCAACAGUACUUCUUAGUCACGUGAUAUGCGCAAUCGCUCUGAUCGCCAUGUUUCUUUUCGACCGCGGUAAGUGGGAACUCAAAUAAAGUAUUUUGGACUGAAUGAAUUUUCUGUUUCUUAGCGAUAAAAUUCAACUUGAACCUUCAAAAUUAAAUUACUUUUUGAAAGUUCCAUUAGGCUUCUUUGAAAUUUAAAAAUUUUAACUUGAACCUGUGAAAAACGUGGAUUCUGAUCGGUUUGUUCGAUUUAUUCGUUUCAGAAACCGACCCGCAACUUUUCCUCAUAGUUUGGCUGACAGCCAAGUUUGCAAUGGCCUGCGCAUUCAUGUGCUGUUUUGUCUAUGGAGCGGAACUGUUUCCUACAAACUGCCGCAACAUUUGCCUCGGCGUCUGCGCGACGAUCAGCAACUUGGGAGCAAUGGUCUCACCCCACGUGCCUGCCUUGGUCAGUUUUCAAACUUUCUGUCGAAUUUCGAAGUUUCAGGACCAGAUCGUCUAUUCUGGAGCUUCGUUCCUCUUCUACGCUGGCUGCUGUGUCAUUUGCAGUGUUCUUAUUUUCUUUUUGCCGGAGACCAAGGAUCACGGCGUCGAAAAACCACAACAAACUAAGCUGUAA